AAAGCCCGUCUUUCUUGGCUGCAUCUCGAGUUCCCACAGUCAACCAUGUUUCAUUGUAUAUAAUGUGACGUAGUACGCAUUGAGGAAGCGAAACUGUGACGUAGUCGGUACACAGGUGAAAACAAAACAGGUAUCCUCAGAUGUACAUUCAAGGAAUUUAGAAAACAAUGAAAGGAGCAUACAGGUAUCCAGAUGGCAGUGAAUACACAGGGGACUGGAUGGAGGGACAGCGACACGGGUAUGGAGUGAUGAAGUUCCCCGAUGGAUCCCAGUAUUUUGGCAUAUUCGACAAUGGACUUUGUCAAGGAACAGGGGUCAUGAUUUUUAACGACAAGUCUAGGUAUGAGGGUGAAUUCCAAAAUGGAAAAUUCAAUGGAUAUGGUGUGUUCACUCGAUCUGAUGGGAUGAAGUAUGAGGGAGAGUUUAAAAGUGGUCAAAUAUGUGGAUAUGGAUUAGUGACUUUUGCUGACGGCAGUCACGGACUUCCACGGAACGAGGGGUACUUUGAGGGGAACAAACUCAUGAAGAGAGAGAAAUGCCAGGGAGCUGUUCAGAGGGCUAGACAAGCUUUAGAGCACGCCAAAUCUCACCAGAGGUUUUCCUAGUGAGGCGAAGAUUUCUAGUACUAAGUGAACAGAAAAUAUUGCAAUAUAUAUUGAGUACUAGCAUAUAUACAUUGUAUUCAGAGGAACUUUUUAAUUGGUAUGAUAUAUAUUUUUUUUGAAGAUAUAUAUAUUCAUAUAUUUUCUCAUUGUUAAUUAAUGGAUCCAUUAUACAUGUUUAACAAUAUGAUUUGUGUGUUGAAGAUAUAUUAUAUACCGUUAGAAUAUACUGUAAAUGUAUUAAAUUUGGCUAUGUAUAUAUUCUGUUUUGCAUGAUUUUCGGUAAAAGACAGUGCUAAUUAACUUCCACUUACCAGUAUUUAAUCAGAUCCCAAAAUUUACAUGUAUACAUAAACUCAAAUACUCUCAGAAAUAGGGUGAGUACAUAAUCUACACUUUUCAAAAUUGUUAAAAAUCACCAAUGAACAUUCAAGUUAAAAUAUAAUAUCUUUACAGUAUGUUGUUGAAUGUGUAAAUAUUUUAGAUUUUUCAUAAUCAUUGUCAGUCCUCUUGUUUAACAGUAUGGAGUGAUGUCUUAAGUUAAAUUGUUCUGCCAUCAUCACUUGUAAUAAAGAUUAAUUGAUUGAAUAGAUAAAGGAAGCUCACUUAAAUCAAAGUUUUUUGGUUUGUGCCGAAAUAUAGCCUUGUGCAUUUUUUUCAACUUGCCUUUGUGACAUAUCUAUUUUGUGUAUUGUUUUGUUUACCUGUGUUUAUAUUAAUAUAUUCAACUUUUAUAUAUUUGCAUUGUAUAUAGAAUGAUGAAAUUGUUUUUCAUAGGUAAAAUUGUGAAAUGAUACCUUAACUGCAUUUUUACAUGUCCAUGCAUGACCAUUUUCUGUUGAAGAUGAUAAUUUUAGUCAACAUUCUACAUAUGAUAUAUAUUUUACUGAAGAUUUUGUUCUUGUUAUGGAGUGAUUAUGAAUAUUAUGUCCCAGAUAUAUCACCUAUUUCUGUUAAUAAUUUAGAGAAAUAAUUUACAUAUGUUUUAAUGAACUAUAUAUAAUCUAGUAAAUAAACAUUUAUUCUUGAA